AUGAUCAAUGAUUUAGAGGAAGAUAAAAAUUAUAACGUAGAAGUAUCCAUUGAUUCCAAAUCAGGAACUCAAGAAGAAAAUUCUGAAGAAAAAAUUCGCAAUGUGUGUGUUGUAAACAGGGAGAAUGCUUUUUAUGAUAUCUCCCAAGAAACGGAGCACUCAUCGGAGCAAAGGAACCACGAAAAAAACGAAUUAAACAAUUUUUAUGAUUUAACCGAAGUGAAUGGGAAAAAAGAAGAAGUUAUAUGCAUAAGUUCAAAUUCGACAAAUGUUGUUAAAAGCGGAAGUUCAGGUUCUUCAUUAGCAAACGGAAAUGAAGAAAAAGGAAAUUUAGAAGUUAGGGAUGAUCAAAUUGUUCCCAUAGAAGUAGAACCGAAGCAUGAUUGCAACAUUGGGAACUGCGGUGAUGUGUGUGAUACGACUGGAAGAAACAGAAAUGAGAAUAACACUCCAAGUGGCAGCCAUAACGAAGACAAUAAUGACAGGAAUUACAAUAAAGAGGAGAAAACUAGGUACGUGUUAUGCAACAUUUGCGCUGAUAUUAUGGAAAAAUCCAUCUUUCAGGAUCAUUUAUACGCACACACGUUAGAAUCUCCAGAAAAAAAUGAACAAAAUGAACAAAAUUGUGCAUAUGGAAAGCAAAAUAAUUUAAAUAAUGGCCUAUUCGACACAAGGAAUAAGAGUUUCUAUACUAAUUUCAACUCAGACAGAAGCAAGCAAAACAGAUGUGCACUAAAACGUUCCUUCAAUAACACCACUUAUGCUUUUAACAACUCUGAAAUAAUUUUAACUGAUAAUAAUGAGCAUCAUGCUGAGGAUGAUAGAAUUUUCGACAUGAUUUAUAAUUACAAUUCCAAUCUUGACCGCUUUAGAAACAACCCAGCAGUUAUCAAUAAAAGGAACAAUAACAGCGUAAUUUCCAUUUCCGAAAAAAAGAGCAACAUGGUAGAUAGCAGAAAUAACUUUUGCAACAAAGGUGUAAGUGCGCAAAAUAUAAUAGAAAUGGUGAACUCAGGGGAAAAUAAAGUAGAAGACACUUUAUCGGCCAGCAGAAAUGUAACAAGAAAUGAUGCAGGAGAGCGAAGCGUACCCAAUAAAUUAGAAGCUAACAGAACUGCUGUUGAUAAUUACCUGUCUGCUAUGAGAGAAUCCCUUUAUGCCAUUUUUCCCGACCCGAACGCAUCAUCAUUUGAAAAUAGCACCACCAGUAACAACACAGACGAUUAUAAAAACGAAGAACAUCUUAGCAGUAUUAUUAACGACAUACAUUCCAUGAUAAGCGCAAUACAGGCUAACGUAAAAAGGGCUGCAGAAAAAUCCAACAACAGGGUUAAUAUUAACAGUGCAAGUGCAGAUAUAGACAGUUUUGUGAAUAAAAGCAUGAAUUCCAUACUCACAGAUAUAAAUGACAUAAAGGGAACAAAUAGAAAUGGAAAAAAUGAUCAUUCUGUCGAGAAUGUGUUAAGUAAAAAAUUGAAGAAAAUAUACCAAAGUUUAGAUAAUGUGAAUAAAAAAAUUAACGCUGCAAUAGAAAAUAAUAACACCGAUGGUAGGAACAGCAUUGCCAACAGCAUCAGCGGGGGCAUUCUUAACAGAAUCAGCAUCACUAUUGUUAAUAGCACUGACGGAGGUAAUGGGAGCGAGGUGCCCAGCGCAAGUGUCACUCACUCCAGCAAUGGGAACGUUAAUAUCAGUAGAAGCAACAGUUACAGAGAUAGCAACUCCAGUGGAGAACCCACCAAUCGUGGAAGACAAAACAAUUUUUACAGCACAAGUGGACCAGGUACGCAGGAAUUCAGUGGCACAAACGGAAGCACUUUUUUUCAUAAUCAGAAUGUAUUUUCACAUGAAAGUUUUUUUACAGGCAUACCAGCAGAUUCAGCGCACACAUAUUUCAACCAAUCGUGUGCAAGUCCGUAUAGCCAAAUAGUACGUACAGAAAGUGGAAGCAUUAAUGACAUAAAUUACUUAUAUUCCAAUUUGGUAGACAGAUAUCCAUGUAUUUGUGAAAAUUCGGGGUUUUCCCAUUUUGACAAUAACUCUAACAAUAUAUGGCCCUUAAGAAGAGUAACAAACAGCAACACCUAUAGAACUUCUAAUGACUCACCAAAUUCUAGAUCUAUUAAAGAAGCGAAUAACGUGAGCAUGAAUUCUAACAUGUUUAAUUACCGCAACGAAGGGAGUAACAAUGGUCGUAAUAACAUUUCGCCCAUAAACAAUGGAAGAAAUACAAGCAAUCCUGUGAAUGAAACCAUGGGGUACAAUUUAAUUAAUAAUGGUGUAGGGGUAUAUCCUGCCGACCCUCCCUCCAACAAUCCAUUUCUGUUCAUGGUAAAUAGACAGAACAGAAACAUCAGGAGUGACGUUAGAACGAAUCAAGUUGUUAACACGAUUAGGAACAAUUACAGCUUUAUCAGCACUAGUAGAAAUAGCAUGAGCAAUAGAAACGCGAACCAGGGCCGUGAGAGAAUCCACAACGGGAACAGCAACAUUGGAACUACAUCUAUCAUUAACAUAAAUAACUUCAAUUGUGUUACUACGAAUAACAAUUAUAACAAUAAUAAUAACAGAACUGCUGCCAUGGCAGGUGCUGUCGGUGCGCCUAUCGGUCCUGCUGUACCUGUUGGUUCUCCUGUUGGUACUCCUGUGGGAUUUCCCGCGGUCGGUGCUACCGUUAAUGCAGCCGUAAUGGUUGCUAGAGAAUUAGCUGGACCCCCCGGCCCGCGUACGGGUGGAAGGGCAGGAACAAUUGCAGGGGGGCCCUGUGGACAGGGCGUGGCUCCUGCCGUUCUCGGUCCACCAACGAGUACGUGCUCAUCCAGGGUUAGCACUACAACUGUGAGAGCGAACACUGAAGGAAAUUUAGAUCCCCUUUUCAGCUAUCACGUUUUUCCGCCACGCGGGGCCAGCAGGACCAACCGUACCAAUGGCGCAAGCAGUAACGGAAGCCGUGCAAACAAUAACGGCAACAUGAACAACAAUAAUAUCCCGACGAACAGAAUCCGCAACGUUAAUAGUGGCUCCGAAAUGCCCAGCUCCCUAAGCGCAAGCUCAGCUGAAGACGUCACCAUUAGCAGCAACACACAAAGAGCGGCAGACAACCUGUUUGGCGCAAAUUUAAGAAGAGAACAAACGUUAACCCGAAGCCACGAAAGGACCAAUAGGAUUGUAAGCAGGACCACACGAGGAGUGGCCAAUGUGUCUAGCAGUGCGAGAGAACAACCUGCAAGUGGAAAUAAAAAAAUAGGCACGCGCGCAAAGUUAAAGGAAAAUAAUGAUUACCUAAUUGUCCACUUUGACAUAAAAAAAAACGAAAAUAACAACUUAAAAAUAUGUUCCAUUUGUUACGAAAAUUACCAGCACAACGAAUCUCUCAUAUUUUUGCCUUGCACACACAAUUUUCACAAAGCCUGUAUAAUUGAGUGGAUAAAUAAAAAGUCAACCUGUCCCAUUUGCAAAAUUAACAUUAAAAAUUUUUAA